GAAAUGACAGUCUUUCGAUAUUUGACGCCCCAUUUUGAGUUAUAUUUCCCUCCCCCUCUUGGUAAACGAAAGGAGAUGAAAAGAGACUGAACUAUGUUGAAAAAGGAAAAAAAAUAUCACAGGGAUCGUGGCAUCACUCGAGAACAUCAGUAACUUAAAACAAGCGGCUCGUGGCGACAGAAGACAGUAUACCCGUGGCAUCUCUAGCUGGAACUACCAUGGCACUUCCCUUGGCACCUUUGCUGAGUCUGGCCCUCGCGUUGAUGCUGGACCAAGGAGCAUCCUCUGAUCUCAGCAUUUUGUCCCUUCCUCCUCCUCUUCCUCCUCGUCCUGUACCUCCUUCUUCUCGUCGUUUGCCUCGUUCUCCUCCUCUUCCUUUACCUCCCUCUCCUCCUCUUCCUUUACCUCCCUCUCCUUCUCUUCCUUUACCUCCUUCUCCUCCUCUUCUUCCUGUUUCUACGCACACUGCUUAUCAGGACUCAGCCAUCGCGUUAAACCAGGUGACUUUGGUGAAAAUCCUGCAGGAAAUGAAGGAUCUGGCCGUCUUUUCUCGGGAGGCCGGGCGCAUGAGAGUCAACGAAGGUGCACCCGACGCCCCCCAGCCGACUCACCUGAGUCACCUAAGUCACCUGGCCACCAUCGCUCAAGGAAUUCAAGACAUGUCCACCAGUGUCGACAGUCUAACUCACGUUCUGUCCUCAUUCCUAAUGCAUAUGAAUCACGACACAGAAGACGUGCCCGAUCUUCUCCAAACCUCAGAAGUGCCACAGACGAAAUCCCCCGCCGUCACCCACCGGCCGGGGAACAAGUCUCUCUCGACCGAGCAGAAAGACGGUGAUUCCAAGCGAGUUUCCUCCCGCGGCCUCGAACCCCAAGGCCACCAGGCGGAAUUCGGAGAACGAGACGCUCUGUCCAAGCUGGAAUUCCAGCGGACGACGAGCGACCUGCUGAAGUCACAGCUGGAACAAAGGGAGAUCGAGAGCCACCACCUGAGCCUCAACCUCAGCCAGUUGGAGAUGGAGGCCCAGCGGCUGAGGGAAUGGAGUCACCAGCUGCUGGGAGUUCAAGCGAAUGGCACAGAAGAGGAACGGAAGCUGAUGCGGGCCAAUUUGUUGGAAGGAGUCAAGCUCAAGAACCAGCUGGAAGAAGAACUGAGAGACGUCCAAAGGGACAGGGACGAACUCGAACAGCAGAACAGUGACCUCGCGAAACACAGCGAGGUUCUUGAGAAAAAGGGAAGUGAGAUCGAGGAGGAGAUCCAGCAAGAGGAACGGAGAGAAGUCGCGCUCCACAGGGAAAGGGACUUGUUGGCAGAGGCUUCAAAGAGAGCUUCAUUAGACAAGGUCUUCCUCGAUGAAGACAUCGCUAGGUUGGAGCAGGAGAGGAGGGAGUGCAGGAAGAGGAUACAGGACAUGAGGAGGCAAGUCCACAAACUGGAGGCAAGAUGUCGCGACAAGAACUGAAAAGAAAUUACUCAUUGUGGUGAUUCAGUAUAUUCAUCCCAAAGAUCUUGGCAGCAAAGUAUCCCGAGGAUAACAUACCCAGUGCAGUGAAUCUAAAGGCUUUCACUCAAACCAAAGUUCUCAGUAGUAAAAGUGUCCCGAAGAGAAUAUAUUCCGUGCAGUUCUCAUCGGCUAAGGGUUCUGUGGAGUUCAAAAUAUAUGCAUUCUCACCGAAAGAACUGCCCUAAUUAAGGAGAAUUAAGGAUUAAGAAUCAAGGAGAAAAAAACAAAACAAAACAAAUGAUGUACACUUUUGAAGGCUAGUAGUUCUGCGAUAGACUGUGCAACACGUACACAGACGAAAUGUGCACAUGAAAGCGUACAAGAGGUUUCAUUUAUGGUCAGAUGAGAUGGCGCUCUUUUGGUCCUUCUCUCGAUUGGCUGUUUCAUUUCGGCAAGUCAAGAAGAAGAAUAAAAAAAAACAAAGAAAUAAUAAUAACAAUAAUAAAAAUAUCUCUGAGGAAAAGAGAGGAUGAAUACAUAUCUUAUCCUCAAUUGUAGUACACCCAUUUGUUAUGAUAUGUUGUACCUCUGUGUCAAGCAAUGUCAGUAUGUGUCAAGGAACUUAAAUUGUCCUUUUGAAGCAGGACGGCUUCCUCAGCUAUGCGAAAACUGUGAUUUUCAGGCAUCUAUACGCUUGACAUUGCAAAGGCAUUAUUGUAUAUAAUGAAUGAAUGUAAAUUAAUGAAUAAACUUGUAUUUAAAACCAUGUAAAAAAAAA